AUGUACUUCCAGACGUGUGUUGCCCUAACCAAUGCCCAUGUUCGUUUCAAUCCAUUGCGGAAUGUGGAUGGCGAGGGCUACAAUCAGUACAAGAAUCGCUUGCUUUCCAUCGGAAGCAAAAUCAAGACGAGGAACUUGUUCUCCAAGACGAAGUAUCAUGAUAACCGUCAGGAUCGUAUUCAGGCUGUGCUGGGUCGUGCGAAUUCGGGUUACACCAGCGAGGACUACGACAUUGGCUAUGACGAGGAAGACGAUAUUUUUGAUUAA